AUAGACGACGAAAAAAGAAAGGAAAUGAGUGCAUGCUAUUGAUUCUUAGUUGAAAAUCGGUCUCUUUAAUCAAUGGAUUUGAGAAAGGUCUCCGACGAUGAGAAAGUUAGAUUAUGUAGAAAGUAUACAAUCAUUGGAUUGGCUUUCUUGCCGUUUCUUUGGUUCAUAAAUGUCGUAUGGUUCUUYAAGGAAGCAUUUUGUCGARAYUSUUUYCCUGGUCAAGUUCAAAUGAGAGGAGAUAUUAUCAAGUCAGGUAUAGGACUAGCAAUAUGGAUAGCUGGACUUGUUGCAUGGAUUGUAAUAUUUCAAAACAACCGUGCUGCUUGGGGACCAUUUGGUGAUCAGAUAUCUUUCCUGAUUCCUUUGGGUCGACCAUAGUUUAUAAUAGUGAUGUAAAUGAUAUUCAUGAAGAAAAUAUCCUCUUCAAUUCAACAAUGAAUCAGAUGAUGUCAGCCAAUUCUUGUACCAAUACAAAUUGCUGGAUCAAAAUAUUUUUUUAGAAGCUUCAACUGCCUCUAUAACAAAGCCUCUGUAGUAAAAUCAUGUAAUCAUAAAUCAAAAUCAAGUCAUUUGUUAGUAAUUAAGAAUACAGUAAAAACCUGCAUAUAUUAACUUAUUUUGGUAGUUCAGGCUGAUUUGGUUCUUAUAUUAAGGGUUAUAAAUGUUAAUAUUUGGUCCCCUUUGUUAAGCCCACAAUAAUCUAUAUAAUGUCAAUAAUCACAAUAAUAACAAUAAUCUGCAAAAAUCAGCCUGUAAGUGUUCUUAAGUGUUCUUAAAAAAAGUUUCCAAAAAUAAGGAACAUACUAGACUACCAAUAGAUGAAAUCAGUACAGUACAUAUUUUUAUUUUGUUUAAUAUUUUGUUACAUAUAAUGUGAUGUGUGCAAUGAAAAAUAGUGUUGAUCUUAAAUAUUUUUCCAUAUAAGAACAACUUUCAUMUGUCAGGCUGAAAGUGUUCUUAUAUAAAUGGUACUUAAUUUCCUAAAAUCAGGCCUGGAUGUUCUUAAUUCACUUGUUCUUAAAUGCAGGUUUUUACUGUAAUCAAAUUAGACAUAAAACCCAGUUUAUAACUGGUAUAGAGUAGGAAUUUAUAGCAAUGUUUUUACUUUUACCUAUGUAAAUAUCACAAUUAUUUAAAUCCUGGUUCUAAUUAUUAUUAAGAUAAAAUUAAUGAAGUUUGAUUAUUUUSAUAACAUCAUUUACCAAAAGUGAGUUUCAGUCUAUUAAGAGUUGUAAUUAUUGUUCAUGGCUGCAUAAAAAACUCAUGUCAACCAUGGUWUAUGGAAUUCGCCUUGUAUGAGCUUGGAUGUUCUGUAUAAUAGUUAAAACACUUAUUUACUGGAACCGAGGGAAACAGUAUGYUUUAUGGUCCCGAGGGACCGCAAAACAUACUGUUUCCCGAGGUUUCCAGUVAAUAAGUGCUUUAUUAUCAUAUCAAGUGUCAAAGAGAGCAAAACAAGUAAAUAAAUGAAGUGUUUUKAUUAAKGAUUUUGAUAAAAUGACUGAAAAAUGGCAAAUGAUACAUAAUGCAAAUGUCAAAUGUUACUAAAAUCAAUCAAUGUAAUAAUCAAUCAAUAUAAUAAUAAUUGUGUUUAGGACAUGUAAAAUGUGUCRAAUCAUGUUGAAUGCAGUCUGCUUGUUAAAUAAAUCAGUGUCUGUUACUCUG